ACGUAACUGUCUCGAAAGUCUCCCUUUGCUUAUGCACUCUUCGGGAUGGCCCGCUUGGUUUGGAACCUUCGUGCCUCCAACCAAGCCUUCCGCACCUACACCCCGUUAUAUACAUACAUAUAUAUGUGAUCUCCUAACAACCAGCAAUGGCAACCAAACGCCCCCACUCCGCCAUCCACCCCUCCCGCCGUGAACAAGUCCCACAAGAUGAACAACCGCGCCGCAAACGCCAAAAGCCUGACCACAUCCACGGCAAAAGCUUCAAAAAAGCCCACACCGUCCACGAAUUGAGAACGCACAUCCGCUCGCUCAAGCGCUUGCUAGAGCACAACGACGAUCUCCCCGCAGAUGUACGAGUGGAAAAGGAGCGAGCGCUGCAGACCGCGCAGCAUGAACUGGCGGAGACGGAGCGGGCGAAGGAGCGCAGCGAUAUGAUUGGGAAGUGGCACAAGGUGCGGUUCUUUGAGCGGCAGAAGGCAUCGAAGAGGUUGAAGAGGGCGCGGAGGGCGGUGGCGGAGUGUGAGGACCUGGCGGGGAAGGUGGAGUUGGAGGCGAGGGUGGAGGAGGCGGAGGUGGAUGUCAAUUAUGCCAUGUACUUUCCGUUGGGGAUGGAGUAUGUGCCGCUGUUUCCGAAGCGGAGGAGGAGGAGUGAAGGCGCAGAAGGCGGAGAGGGGGAUGGUGGGCAGGGAGUAGGGGGCGAUGAGGAGCGGCAGGGUGAUCAAAAAGUGUGGCAGCUCGUCAGGCGAUGUAUGGAGGAUGGACAAUUAGAGGCGCUGCGGAACGGCAAGCUUACGGGGAGCCGUGCUGAAGGUGAUGCAGGGUCGGUGGUGACGACGCAUAAGAAGAGAGCGAAAGAAAAGCGACGUGCUCCCAAUGUGGUCGUUGAGGGCAACCGGCGAGAGCGUAGAAGCGCUCUAGCAGCUCACGCGGACAGUGAAGCCGAAAGCGAAGGUGGGUUCUUCGAGUGAAAACGUUGACUAGGUCUUGAAAUGCUAUGUUUGCUGCCGCCAGAUCGUGGUUCAAACCUAGGCUCGGAGCAACAAUCUACGAAUACCACACCACCAGCGCACGUCCUUCGCUUCUGCCCUACAACGCAACCGUAGUAGAUGGCCUACUUGAGCCCACACAUGCAC